AUGAUGCUCGAGCUCGAAGAAGCGUAUUCCAUGUUCGAUGUAGACGACAGAGUGAAAUGCAUCGUCUUCACUGCGACAGGGAAGAUAUUCUGCGCAGGCGCGGACCUGGAAGUGGGUUUUGUGGGCGGCAGGGAACCGAUUAAUGAGCACAGGGACGGUGGUGGGAGAGUCACCCUCGCCAUCCACAACUGCCGCAAGCCCACCAUCGGCGCCCUAAACGGCAGCGCAGUCGGCGUCGGCAUGACCAUGACGCUCCCCAUGAACAUCCGUAUCGCGCCCAAAACCGCAAAGAUUGGCUUCGUCUUCGCGCGCCGCGGGCUCGUCAUGGAGGCGUGCAGCUCCUUCUUUCUACCACGGCUGAUCGGGCACUCGCGUGCGAUGGCGGCGAUUACGACGGGCUCAACGUAUCCUGCAGCAGACCCUAUUUGGGCGGGCUUGUUCGCGUAUACUGUGGACAGACCGGAAGAUGUGUUUCCUAAAGCGAUUGAGAUUGCGAAUGAGGUUGUGAAGAACACAAGUGUAGUGUCUACUUAUCUUAUGAAGGAGAUGAUGUUUAGGGACACGGGGAGUGCUGAGGGGCAGCAUUUGCUGGAUUCGAGGAUCUUGUAUGAGUUGUUCACGUCUGCGGACAACAAAGAGGGGGUGCAAAGUUUCUUGCAGAAACGGCCUGCGCAGUUCACUGGAACGAUGGAUAACACGCUCGUCUCAGCGUAUCCGUGGUGGAAUCCAAUUGAUGUUGUGGGAAAGCCGAAAGUCGAGGGUGCAAGAGCUAAGCUAUAA